AUGCGGAUUCUGCUGCUCUGCUCGGGCGCUGCAGCGGCGCUGCAGCUCUUGGGUCCCGCGGGCGCUCGCCCUUGCGGUGUACAGACACUGCAGGACGACGGCCUGCUGCAGCUGCAGCAGCAGCAGCAGCAGCAGCAGCAGCAGCAGGAGCCCUCUUCCCGCCCGGAAGCCGUCGCUUCUGUCGCGCUGCCGGACGCCGACUUGCUGCUGCCGGCUUCGCUCCCGCCGCGCCGCGCGGCCGCUCCCGCGGCUGCUGCUGCUGCUCCCGCUGCAGCAGCAGCAGCAGCAGCAGCGCGCGUGGGGCUGCUGCUGUCGCUCUCAGCAGUGCUCUUCCUGCUGCUGUCCUGCGCCCGCGCGCUGCAGCCCUCGCGGCCUUCUUCGUGGGGGCUGGUGAACAGGUCUUUGGCUGCGGGGGGGGACGCCUGCCGCGGCACAGCAGCAGCAGCAGCAGCAGCAGCAGCAGCAGAGGAGGACGCAGCAGCAGCAGCGGCUGCGGGCGCCUCCGCGGGGGCGUACCGGCAGCGCGCGGCGGCGCGGUCGCCCUCUGUGGGGGCAGCACCCGCAGCAGCAGCAGCAGCAGCAGCAGCAGCAGCAGGAGUGCGGCGGCGCUCGCCGCUGCACCGGCAGCUAGACCUUCUCAGCACGGAGCAGCAAAACUUAGUGGGCCUUAAUGGCAUUGAGAAGCAAAUGGUGCUGCUGGCAAGACAAGAAGUUCAGUUUUUGGGCUUCGAGGCCCGCGGCCAGGAAGAGCAGCAGCAGCAGCUGCAGCAGGCGGUGAGAGCAGCGCAGCAGGGGGUCUCGGAGUCGCAGCAGAUGUCGGAGCGGCUGUCGCUGGGCAGCAGCAUCGUGGAGGCUUCUGCUGCAGUGCUGCAGCAGCGGCAGCAGCAGCUGCAGACUGUCAGCGAGAAGCUGCAGCGGGUGCAGCAGCGGCUGCAGCGGGCCCAGUGGGACUCCUCUCAAGACAGAGAAGCUUUGCUGCUGUUCGCUCGCUCCUUUGCUUCCGAUCGCUACUUGUCUGCUGCUGCAGCACAAGCCCUUGUUGCUGCUCGCAAGGUGCUGCAGCACGAAGUCUUUGCUGCAGGGCCGCUGCUGCCGGCCGACGAGGCCAAGUGCAUGCAGAUGGCCUCCUGGCUGGUGCAGCAGCUGCGCGUGGCCCACGUGCCCACUGCAGCAGCAGCAGCAGCAGCAGCAGCAGUUGCUGCUGCGCAGCAAAAGGAAGCCCGAGACCUCGUCCAGGAAGCUGUUAUUGUGGUUGAGUUGCUGCGCUCUGUUGGCCUCCACAAUCCUGCAAAUGAAGUGGACUUUGCUGCUCAUCUUUUGAACCAAAAGCUGCUGGCCACGGGCGCGGCCCCCGCCCCCGCGCUUGCUGCUGCUGCUGCUGCUGCUGCUGCUGCUGCGCCCGGCGGCGGCGCUGCAGCACUUCUCCGCAGGAGCUCUUCCCCCGCCACGCCCACCUGGGCCUCCAGGCCCUCCGAGGGGCCCCCGCAGCAGCAGCAAACUUCCCUCUCCGCUCCUGCUGCUGCAGCACGGCCUGCUGCUGCUGCUGCGCUCGGCCUCCAGCAGCCAGCAGCAGCCGCAGCAAGACCCGCAGCACCCGCAGCGGGACCCGCAGCACCCGCAGCAAGGCCCGGAGCAGCAGCAGCAGCGCCAGGGGCAGCAGCAGCAGCGCCGGGAUCUGCUGCUGCAGCAGCAGCAGCAGCAGCAGCACCAACUCCUAAGAACCCUGUCAAGAAGUCCGUUUCCUUUUCAGAGACUCCAGUGGUCUUCACUGAGCCCUCAGCAAAGCCACGGGACCCCCCGCGGCGGUGGCCGCUGCUGUCUCGCUUCCGAGUUGGCAAGGCUUCUGCUGCUGCUUCUGCUGCUGCUGCUGCUGCUGCUCCUGCUGCUGCUGCUGCUCCUGCCCAUGCUGCUCUGGGACGCUCGGCUUCGGAGAAGCCCCGGCGCCGCGAGCCCUUCAGGCCUCCAGCGCGGGAGCCCCAGAUGCCUGCUGCAGCCAUGGCCGAAGCAGCAGCAGCAGCAGCAGCAGCAGCAGAAGCGCCCUUCUUGCCUCCGCCCGCCGCCGCAGACGCAACUGCAGCAGCAGCAGCAGCACCUGCAGCAACAGCAGCAGCACCUGCAGCAACAGCACCUGCAGCAGCAGCAGCUGACGGGGCAGGUUUCCCGACGCUCCCCCACAAGUCCAGAGACCAAAGACACAGCAGAGUAGACCCGCCGACGCAAGCAGCAGCAGCAGCAGCACCCGGAGCAGCAGCAGCACCCGGAGCAGCAGCAGCAGCAGCGCCGGACUCCCCAGAGUCGCAGCGGCAGGCACUUGGACAAGCACUGAAGGAAGCAGCAGCAGCAGCAGCACUUCUCCGCAUCCCGCUGAGCGAGCUGAGAGGAGCACAGCCACCUGUGGGCUUCCGCAGCGCAGCAGGACCUCGAACUUCCCUUCCUGCUGCACCCGCAGCAGCAGCAGCAGCAGCAGCAGCAGCAGCCCCCGGAGCCGCAGCAGCAGCCCCCGGAGCCGCAGCAGCAGCCCCCGGAGCCGCAGCAGCGGCCCCCGGCGCAGCAGCGGUUGCCCCGGGCGCGGCGUUUGCGGGCUCGCGCCCGCCAUCGACUCCCGCUGCUGCUGCAGCAGCAGCAGCAGCAGCAGCAGCAGCACGGGGAGUGGACGCAGACACAGAAGCCACGCUGCAGCGGCUGGAAGACCUCGCCAACAGAGCCACAAGAGAACUGGUGGACUUGUGGCAGCAGCUAAUGGGGGCCCAGCCUGGGGGGCCCCCAAGUUUGGAAGAACUGGAGGACGCUGAGUUGCUGCUGCUGCAGGUUGCUGCUGCGCUGCUGCAGAGCAAAGACAUGCAGCUGCACCGCGCGCUGCAGCAAGACACUAAAUCAGCGUUUAUGGACGCGAGAGAGAAGUGCACGGAGCAGGCCGAGCUGCUGCUGCAGCACGUGGUGGGGCUGUGGCAGCAGCGGACUAAGUACGACGUGCAGCAGCUUGCUGCAGCAGCAGCAAACCUGCAGGCGGCGCGGCAGCCCGAGGGGGCCCCCCAGGGGCCCCCCUACGUGGACGAGCUGCUGCUGCGGGUCACUGAGGGCGCGCAGCUGCUGCUGUUCGUCGGAGACAACUUGAAAACCAUGAAGAUAAUCCUCAGCAGCAUCAACAGCGCUCCUGCUGCUGUUGCUGCUCUCAUCUCGGACUUGUCUGCUGCAGUGCAGAGCCUCAAGGCCGAAGUCCAGGUGGGCGCGGAGGUCUGCAGCAGGCGCUGGGCCGAGUGGCUGCAGGACACGGCCCGCGCGGAGGUCAGGGGCCCGCAGCAGCAGCAGCAGCAGCAGCAGCAGCAGCAGCAGCAGCAGCAGCAGCGGAUGCCUCUCGCCCAAGUGGUCAAGAACGCAGACGAAGCCCACAAGACGCUGCUGAAGAUGGUCGGCGAAAGUCCCCGCCUGGACAUUUUGAAAAAACUCGUGACUGUGGGGUACUCCAUUGUCGAAAAGAUUCAGGAGCAGCAGCAGCAGCAGCAGCAGCAGCAGCAGCAGCAGCAGCAGCCGCAGCAGGGGCAGCAGCAGGGGCAGCAGCAGCAGGAGGGGCAGCAGGAGCAGCAGCCCGACUGGUACCGUCAGCUGCAGCAGCAGCAGCAAGAACUGCUGCAAUCAUUGCUGGACCAACGGCCGCAGCAGCAGCCGGACGAGAACCGCGCACUGCAGCAGCAGCAGCAAGAACUGCUGCGAACAAUGAUGCAGCAACAGUCGCAGCAGCAGCAACUGCAGCAGCAACUGCAGCAGCAACUGCAGCAGCAACUGCAGCAGCAACUGCAGCAGCAACUGCAGCAGCCACUGCACCAGCCACUGCAGCGGCAGCUGUUACAACGGCAGCCAUCACCGCAGCUGCAGCCGCGCUCGCAGUCGCUGCUGCAGCAGACGCAGCAGCAGCAGCAGCAGCAGCCAACGCCGCAGCAGCGGCCAACGCCGCAGCAGCGGCCAAUGCCGCAGCAGCAGCCAACGCCGCAGCAGCAGCAAACUCCGCAGCAGCAGCCAACGCCGCAGCAGCGGCCGACGCCGCAGCAGCGGCCAACGCCGCAGCAGCAGCAAACUCCGCAGCAGCAGCAAACUCCGCAGCAGCAGCUAACGCCGCAGCAGCGGCCAACGCCGCAGCAGCAGCCAACGCCGCAGCAGCAGCCAAAGCCGCAGCAGUGGCCAAAGCCGCAGCAGCAGCCAACGCCGCAGCAGCAGCCAACGCCGCAGCAGCAGCAAACUCCGCAGCAGCGGCCAACUCCGCAGCAGCAGCCAACGCCGCAGCAGCAGCCAACGCCGCAGCAGCCAACGUCGCCGUGGCAGCGGCGGUCACUGCUUCACCCACCCGUGCAGCAGCAGCAGCAGCAGCAGCAGCAGCAGCAACAGCAGCGACAGCCCCAGCAGCAGCAGCCCGCGAAGCCGCUGACACCGCUGCAACAGCGGUGGCAGCAGAUGCAGCGGGGGGGGCAGAAGCAGCAGCAGCAGCCGCAGUAG